AUUUAGGAAAAUAUUUUCUUCUCAUUCUCUGCAUGACAACUUUGAAUUGGCAUUAAGAUAGUUUAAGUAAAUAAGGAAUACAUCUUUGUAUCAUUUUUCUUGUUCAGGAGGCUUUGUUAGUGUUUAGUGUAAAUGUAUUACUUGUUUUAUCAGUAUCAGUGUUGAAUAUUACUCACCACUGCCCCAUAAAUAAGAAGACAGAAUAAUGGAGACCUUUAGGUGUGGAAAAAUGAGUUUAUAGUUUCCUAGGUUAAUAACAUUAUUAAAAUUUAUCAUGUAUUUUCUCCCAACUUUUUUUUUUUUUUUUAAUAAGUUGGCUAUUCAGUUUCCAUCAGAAGAUAUUCUCCUGGUAACAGCUUCUCCUGUUAUUAAAGCAGUUACAAAUUUCAAGCAGGUUUCUAAAGUAUUGGAGGAGUUUGAUGUUGAAGAGCAACCAAAAACCAUGUUAGAAAAUCGCUUUCCCAACAUUAAGAUUAUAGAAUCCGGAGUAAAGGAACUGAAGAGUAAAGAACACUGCAUUGUAACAGGAGAUGGCAGUCAGCAUGUGUAUAAGAAACUCUGUCUGUGCGCUGGAGCUAAGCCAAAGUUGAUAUGUGAAGGAAAUCCUUAUGUAUUAGGAAUCCGUGAUACAGACAGUGCUCAGGAAUUUCAGAAACAGCUUACUAAAGCUAAAAGAAUAAUGAUCAUAGGGAAUGGCGGCAUUGCACUUGAACUGGUGUAUGAAAUUGAAGGGUGUGAAGUCAUUUGGGCCAUUAAAGAUAAAGCUAUUGGGAAUACUUUCUUCGAUGCAGGAGCAGCUGAAUUCUUGACUUCAAAGCUCACUGCUGAAAAACCAGAGGGCAGAAUUGCACAUAAAAGAACCAGAUAUACAACCGAAGGAAGGAAAACGGAAACACAAACCACAGCUGGUGCUGGCAGUAUGGGCAGUGCUUUGGGACCUGAUUGGCAUGAAGGCUUGAAUCUUAAAGGUACAAAAGAGUUUUCUCAUAAGAUUCACAUUGAAACUAUGUGUGAAGUAAAGAAAAUCUUCCUUCAGGAGGAAUUUAGAAUUUCUAAGAAAAAGUCCUUGCCUUUUCCUAGAGACCAUUGUAAUCAGUCAGUCACAACCGAUAAUGAGGUAUGGCCUGUAUAUGUGGAAUUGACUAAUGAAAAGAUAUACGGCUGUGAUUUCAUUGUCAGUGCUACAGGAGUUACACCAAAUACAGAACCUUUCCUCUGUGGCAACAAUUUUGCUCUAGGAGAAGAUGGUGGCCUGAAGGUGGAUGCUUAUAUGCACACAUCUCUCUCUGAUGUCUACGCCGCUGGUGACAUCUGCACUGCAUCCUGGCGGCCCAGCCCGGUGUGGCAGCAGAUGAGGCUGUGGACCCAGGCUAGACAGAUGGGAUGGUAUGCAGCGAAGUGCAUGGCUGCAGCUAGUUUAGGAGAAUCUGUUGACAUGGACUUCAGCUUUGAGCUUUUUGCUCAUGUAACCAAAUUUUUUAACUAUAAGGUUGUAUUGCUGGGAAAAUACAACGCACAGGGCUUAGGUUCAGAUCAUGAAUUAAUGCUGAGAUGUACCAAAGGACACGAAUACGUCAAAGUUGUCAUGCAGCAUGGGCGAAUGAUGGGAGCUGUCUUAAUUGGUGAAACUGACCUAGAAGAAACAUUUGAAAACUUAAUUUUAAAUCAGACAGAUCUUUCAUCAUAUGGAGAAGAUCUGCUAGAUCCAAAUGUUGAUUUAGAAGAUUAUUUUGAUUAAAAAAGGCAUUUCAAGAACUACGUAAAGUUCCAAACACUAAGUCACAAUAAGGUAAUACACUGACUUAAUGAAGUUAAGAAUACAGAAGUAAUAAUGAUUUCAGUGGGAAAAUAUUAAAAUAUAACAAAACCACUUACAUAAAUGAAAGGAUUUAGGUUACUCAUUUCUGAUUAAGCUAGGUUGUUACCUACUUAGCCAACAGUUUGGUCGGAUACGCUAGUCAUUCUGAUUGUGCAAUGUCCGGUUAUGGUUUCAAGAGGCUUACAGUUUUACAUAGAGGUGUAGCAACAUCUUACUUGCUAAUAUCAUUUGUAUUGAUCCCUUAUUCUAUUUACGUUUGGAUUCUACAGCUCUUCUGAGCUGAAAUCACUCCCUUUCUGUAAUCAGCCUUUGUAAAAUAUUCCAUAUAACUUUGCUGUUAAAUGUUGGUCAUAUCAAAAGAAAAUAAACAUGUCAAGGCACAAGAGUUUAAUAUAGUUAUGUGAACUUGAGUAUUUUUCUCAUUUUGUACUGUCAGUUUUUAUAAAUUAUCUGAAAUGUUCAAGUCCAGUACUUCAGAGAUAAGUUCCAUAUGUAUAAAAUAUUAAUAAAAUUGUCUCAAACGUUUAACUACAAAAUAAUGGUGUAUACAUGCAUAAACUGUUUUCUUGGAAAAUAUAUAAACACCCAUCUCAUGAUUGCUGAAGCAGAUUCGCACACUUCUGGAAGUUACCCGAGUUUUUUACUUCCUUCUUUUUAUCAGCUCCUUUAGAAUCCAAGUUUGAGGUGAUUCAAUCUACAAAUAAAGCAAACAUUGUGGUCAAAACUCAGCGGUCCCAUUUUCUCUUCAGGUUAAAUAUCAGCUCUUUAGUUAAGUAUCUAGUAGUCUGGUUUUUUAUCUUCCAAGUAUAUACUCAAAUAUGAGCUCUAUCCGGAAGGGAUGUGCAGUCAGAGACAGUGGUAAGUGGCAUGCAUUUGCAGGCUUGAGAGUAUUUAGUGUGUGAGUCGUUGGUUCUCAACCUCUGCUGCACAGGCCCACUUCUCAACCAGUGUUGAUCACAACCAAUAUUGUGAGGGCAGGGUGCAUCGCAAAUUACAUGAAAAUGGAUUUUUUCUCUUUUGAAAUGUUAGAAACCCUAGUCUUUUAUUUUAAAAAGGUAGACUGAAUUCCAUUCUUUAAUAUCUCUACAGAAAACAAAGGUAUGUUCCACUGGACCCAGGACAGUACUAGUUACAGUAUCCCUUAAGCUUUAAUAUGUUUUUUUCAGUAUAUAAAAAUUAAUAGCCAGCUACCCUAAACAGCUCUGCAUAGGCUUCUUUAUUUUCAUGGUAAUAAGAUAUGCAUCACUAUUCUGGUUAGCUUUAGGUGCUGUUUUGAAAUAGCAUAAUACCUUGUGGAAGGUAUAGGCCAACAAUCAAAUUUAUAAAAAAAA